AUGACGUGUCGACAUCUAUUACGUGUGUUACUAAAAGUGACAUUUAUUUGGAUAAGACAUCGCCAUUCAAAGACAUCUAAUUUUAGAAUUUAUCAACUUUUUAGCAUCUUUGCAGGUUGGGGGAAGGUUUCACGGGCAACAUGGGACCCCUCCUUGCUAUGCCAUUGUUUCUGUCAAAUUUUGUACGAACAAUAAUUAUGUUCUUUAAUAUAGUAGGGCAGGGCUUCACUCCUGGAUAUUGUGGACGCAAUUAUUAUCCACAUGUUUCUUUGUUUUACAAUUUUACCGCAUACUUUUGUUAAUUAGUGUAAAUGGAAAAAAUGACAGGUUUGUUUUCAAUCCUCGACAAGCAAAACAAAAUUGCUACAAAUAGUUUUUCUCCACGUAAGCAUGGAAAAUUUUAAAUAAUUUGUCUAUUCCUCUAAAUCAUAUCAUGAACUUUCCUUUUGUGAAAGUAAUCCACCUUUAUCUUUAGCAUACAGUUCAAUUAUUCAAAGCCUCUCCCUGUUUUAAUGUUUCAUUCUUAAUCUUUACAAAAUUAUUAUAAUUAAAACUUCAAAACGUUUAUACCUGAUUGGAGCAUUUUAUCACCAUUAAUAAGGCGUUUUUAAAGCGGUUCACCACGUGCGGUGAAUACUAAUCACGAAAACGGAAAUUUCCACCGAACGACAUCCUGAAACUUCAAUCCAUGAUAGAAGGUUGAGAUAUCGGUUAAAAUGAUUUGGUUUCUUAGUUUUUGCUUCAUUCCUUCUCUAGUCUUCGCCGCCGGAAACUUAAGAUCUGCCUACUUCAAAAGUAGUAAGAAUAAGUAUUUAGCAGGCCAACCGGUCAAAAAAAUUGAUUCACCCAGCCUUAUUUCAUGCUGCCAGGCAUGCUUAGAGCACUCUUGGUGUACCUCUGCUAACUUUAAAGAGCCCUUUGGGAUAAGCAGCAAUGGUAGUUGUGAACUAAUCAAGAAACAGUUCUCUCCCGUAAGAGAUAAAGCCAAGCUUACUGAUCGACCAGGUACUACUUUCACGAGAAAAAUGGUAAGAGUAGUAUUGUGUAAAAUAUACAUAGCACGUAUCCCAAGGUGGAUUCCAAAGGACCCACGUAGUUUGUUUGAGUUAGCAGGGGCUCAAAUCAAGUUAGUUUGUUGUAGUCGAAGAUGUACUAUGAAUAGAGUAUCAUAUGGAGAAGAUGGAUAUUAUAAUAUUUUGUUUAAAAUCAUAUUAAGCUGAUGGCUUUAGUAAAACUUGCGGUUUUCUAACUAAAGACACUCUUAUCGCUUUUGCCCAUGAGAGCCUUAACUUAAGUCAAAGUCCCUAAAAUGAUGAUCACCAACUUAACUUCAUACUUGCUGUUAAUCGCUCUAUACCUAGUUCUUUAUUUUGUUUGCUGUCAUUGUUGUCUGCCUUUCAUUGUGAGAUUUGAUAAUUGUGUUUUCGAGGGGCCGUUUCGGAUCGUAAUUUACCUAGUCGGGGCCGAACCUCAAUAUUCAGUUUUGUUAACUAGCACCUGCCAGCCAUUACGUUGGCAAAUCUCCAAUAAAUGAAUAUAAAAAAAUGUCGUGCUUGAACAUUGUUGAAAAAAAUUUUGCCCCCAAAAAAGUCCAACAUUUCAACAACACGACUUUCGCAGACUAUUUAUAUCAAUUAUCGUGUUUUUUAAGGAGAAGAAUGAGAAGGAUGUUAGAGCCGUUUAUACGAGAGAAAAUAAGCCGCAGCUUACGUAAGGCAUGAACACCCCGUAUAAAUGGUACAAAAUCUACAUUCACGGCUUAUUCAACCUACGGCCAGCUCAAGUCGCGGCUCAUCCUGGCCGAUGACUUUUGGGUUGGACUUAUCCAAGUCGCAGCUUACCGUGGACGUGAAAGUGUCCGUGUAAAUGCACUCAUUGAUCGACUCGUUCGAGACACCGCUGUCACUGUGGGGCUAGGAACGCGUGUAAGAUUUCGGAGAGAAUCCAGAAGGACAGCUGCCCAAUAACUGCUCUAGUGAUCACAGGAUUAAUCAAUAAUUCCUUCCAAUAAAGUAUAUCUUUCCUGACACAUGGAAAUUGGCGGAAAGCGUCCCAAUACCAAAGGAUUGAGACCCGGCGACCAAUUCCAUUAUUGCCUAUCUUGUCAAAGGUAAUUAAGAGACUUGCCCAAAAACAGUUUUCUGACUUUUUAACAAGAAUAAUAAAUUGUCAAUUCAUCAAAGUAGUUACAAGUGACACAAUUCUACUGAAACUGCCCUUGUAUAUGUCAAUGAUCAACUCUUGAAAGCAGUUGAAGAAAAAACUGUAUCAUUGAUAGUAUUAAUGGAUAUGUCCAAAGCCUUUGAUCGCCUAGAUCACAAUUAUCUCCUGACUAAGUUGCGCAGACUUGGCCUGAUGCCGUCGGCUGCUGCUUCCUGGUUUUCUAGCUAUCUAUUAUUUAGAAAGCAGGGCCGGGUCCGCUACGAACCAAGAUUCUAUCUCAGAAAUACUUCCUAUAAAACACAAUGUAGGGGGUAUCCCAGGGCUCAAUCCUGGGUCCAAUCCUAUUCACCAUGUAUGUGGAUGAUCUUAUGAAUGAAAUUAGUAAUAGUCAAGUGAAACUGUAUGUUGAUGGUUAUCAGCAGUUUUUCAAGUUUGAGGUAUCAGAUUCAGCUAACGCCAUCUCAGGUGUGCUCAACUAAUUCCUUACUUAUCAACCCUGAAAAAACUAAGUUUAUAGUCGUUGGUUUACCCCCACUCACCAGUCAGUUACCUCCUGUAUCACUCACGGUACUAGGUAUAUCCGCGGUUUUAAGUUUCACAGGAUCAAUGUCUCAAUUAUAACAUCCAUAUAACUAAUACAGCUUCUACUUGUUUUCAUCGGUUGGUACAGGUGAAUAGGAUAAACACCUAUAAGACAGGAAGUCACUUAUAUUACUUAUAAAUAGCUUUGUUUUUAGCAAGUUAUUUUAUAUUCAGUUGUUCCUCUGUAUAGGGAAACACAGCUAAAUCAUUUUUUUUUUUAAAUUUCGGAUAUACAAACAAAUACAAUACAUUACAUUUACAAUUCAUUACAAUAAAUUCUAAUUAUUGGUUACUAAAUUUUACCUUACAUUGAAAUCAAACUUACAUAACUUACAGCUAAAUCAAACUCACAUAAGCUGCAAAUACUGCAGAAUUUUGCUGCCCGGAUUGUUUUAGGGUUAAAGAAAUUUGUCCAUAUUUCUGAGGGUCAAAGAUCUUUAAAAUGGCUGAAUGUUUCCGAGAUUUUAUUUAAUGAUUUAGUUUUAGUUUUUAAGUAUGUAAAUGGUCUGGAACCAAGUUAUUUAGUUGAUUAUAUUAUAACACGUUCGGAAACCCAUAAUAGAAAUUUAAGAAGGUCUGGAGACUUCCACGCUGCCGGUUGUCAGUAGGGUGCGAGGUUUUUACUUUCGCGGAGCUAAACAGUGGAAUAACCUGUCUAAAGACGUUCAGGGCAUUAAAGAUAUUAAGGUUUUUAAAGAAAGAUUGGCUAAUUGUAUAUUUAAUGUAUAAUUUGUAUAUUUAAUGCUAUUAGUUAUUAUUUAUCUGAUCUAUUGUUUUAAUACUUAGUUUUUAGAUCUUAGACCUUAUUCCUAUAAUUUCAUGUAAUUAGUGAAUUGUGUCACGAAAGCCCUGUAAAGGGAGACUCGGACUUUCAGUUAUCUCACCAUGUUUUGUUGCAAUGUAUUAAAAUGCGAAUCGUGUAUACAGGUGUGAUAACUCAAAACAGCGAGUUAGUCUUCCUAAACAUUUUUUAUUAAUAUUUCAAUAGGAUACUUCAUAAUAAGCUAAUUUAUCGAGUUUGCUAAAUAAGCUGCUAGCCAUUAACAUAUGUUCUCCUUUUUUAGUUUCCCAAAGAUUGCAACAGCCUACCACCGCAUUUGCCGAGUGGGGUGUACAUCAUACAACCACUGGCAGAUGAAGAGCCCAUUGAUGUUUACUGCGAGAUGGCAAUUAAUGGUGGGGGCUUCACCUUUCUUCCUCGUGGCCUCACCAGAACUUUACAUGCGGACCUGAUUGUCAAUGCUUUGUUUCGAGACAGGAAAAACGUCCUACUGAAGUUGAAGAAGAGGGUGGACCUCAGCGAGUCAUACACUCUGAUCCAGCCCCAUCCAAAUUUCGCCCACACAGAGUUCGGGGUGUUAGUCAAUAGCUUCGCCGGUUACACCGAACCAAUAAACGCCUUCAUGAAAGAUUACAUUUUACUUGGCAUUAUUCCAGCAUCAGCUGUACGAAAUGGAAGUGAAGGUUUCAUAUCCAACGGGAACAUAAUCCAGUUUUCAAAUUGCGACGGAACCCCCCACAGCUACUUUGCAUUCUUUCCUAACUACAAUCUGGAACCUCCCAGUAACCGUUCUGACUCUGGCGGUGUGGCGGAUAUUUGGCGCUCCAAGGUAAUUGCCAUCAACUAUACGGACCACAAUAUGCCGGACGAGUUCUUUUUCUUAACAGAAGUGCAUUUUGGAGGUUGUGGCACCUACUCAUCCAGUGACCAAUGGACCAAGUAUGGCUUUAAUGCCACAGCCAUUGGAAUUCGCUAA